AUGUUUUCAGGUCUUUAUUUGACCGUGCUCCUCUGUUUAUCCAGCAAACUAUGGAUGGGAGCUGAGGUAAGUAAUUCGCUCGCUGAAUACCAACUUUUGACUUUUUUAAAUCCAAAUAAUGUUUAAAAAUCCGAGGAGACUUUAAUACUAAAAUACGUCUUUUUUCCCGUUGUACAGGCAUGUAAAGCCUGCCCUGCUGGUUGGGCUCAGUAUGGAUCCUCCUGUUACGUAUUCUACCACAGUGCUAUGGCCUGGGGUGAUGCUGAGGUGUGUUUUAAAAGGAUAUUUUAUCAUGAUAAUUUUGACUGACUGUUUUUUUCAUUUCUAUCUCUGUUACCUUUCCUUUCUCACCUUUUCUUUGUCCUUUUCUUCUUUAGAAAUUCUGCACCACUAUUGGAGGAAAUCUGGCUUCUGUUCAUUCUAAAGAUGAGUACCACUACCUCAGGAAUGCAGUUCUGCGUCUCACUGGCCAGCAUACAACUGUGUGGCUUGGAGGUUAUGAUGCUGCAAAGGUGGGUGUCAGGAUCAGAUUCAGUUUUUCUACCUGGUGCUGAUUUUACUAAAGAAGUGUUUUAAAGUUAAAUAACUCCUCAAUAGGAUCAGGUGGGUUUGAUUUAGGCAGCUAACACUUCUUGAAAUCAAAAGAGGAAUUUGACAUCAGCUUUAAAAAAAGGAGGAAAUAUUCCUUAAUUUUUAUUUAUUUAUUUUUUUCUCCAGGAGGGUGUCUGGCUGUGGAGCGAUGGUUCCAAGUUUGACUUCAAAUUUUGGGCUAAAGGAGAACCAAACAAUGCUGGUGGACAUGAGAACUGCAUGGAGAUGAACUUCAGAGGUACAUUUUGAUCUCAGGCCCUCCUGGACCUUACCCCUCUGUUUUCAGAUAGAUGUCCUAUCUAUUCAGCAUUUUGUCUAGGUUUUGUAGGAAUGACCUCUGACUUCCCAUUAUUCUCUGUUUUGUGUCUGCAGGAAAGGACUUUGUCAACGAUAUUGGAUGUAAUCCAAAGAGAUCUUUCUUCUGUGAAAGGGCUCUGUAA